GAUAACCUAAUAAAUUGUAUACAUUUCAAUUUUAUAAUUUUUAGUGUUUCUACAUUUAAAUAAAUGUAUACACGCGUGCGCGGGCGCAACGUGUUAGUCAUGUAUGCGAAUGUCAUGAUUAUGUGACUUAGAUCAAGUUGUAGUGUAAUUUUGCAUUUUACAGACCUGAUUGACACUUGACCCCGUUCUCUGGCCAAUACGUGUUUAAGUUUCGUGUUUAGAAAUUGAAACUUAUGUUUUUUUCUCCUAGACAACUUUUACAAGCACACUAUAUUUCUAACAGUAGUAUUAUCUAUCCAAGAUUAAUCCUUUAUUCAAUUUCGAAUAAUCUAAGUAAAUUUUAGACAAUGGCAAAUAUGUUAAUGAAUAUUGAUACCUCACGAAAAAUGUCUUUUGAUAUUAAUGGAAAAUUAAAUGGUUUAGAAAGCAAAACACCCUUUUUAAUUGGAGUUUCAGGUGGUACUGCUAGUGGAAAAUCAACUGUAUGUAAACGUAUAAUGGAGAAACUUGGACAAGUAGAUAUGGAUCACAUGCAACGUCAAGUUGUUUGUAUUUCACAAGAUAGUUUCUAUCGAGAUUUAUCACCAACUGAAAAACUUAAAGCUGAGAAGGGUCAAUAUAAUUUUGAUCAUCCAGAUGCAUUUGACAAUGACUUAAUACUUCAAACAUUACAAGAUAUAUUAGCUGGGAGAAAAUGUGAAAUAACAGCCUAUGAUUAUAGAACAAACAGUUUACUAAGAGAUCAAAUUACAACAAUUUAUCCUGCUGACGUAGUUUUAUUUGAAGGCAUUUUAGUAUUUUAUUUUCCCAAAAUACGAGACUUAUUUCAUAUGAAACUAUUUGUGGAUACUGAUUCAGAUACUAGAUUAGCUAGAAGAGUACCAAGAGACAUAAAGGAAAGGGGAAGGGAUUUAGAUUAUGUAUUGAAUCAAUACAUGAAUUUUGUGAAACCUGCCUUUGAGGAGUUCUGUCUUCCUACUAAGAAGUUUGCUGAUGUUAUUAUACCAAGAGGUGCAGACAAUACAGUGGCAAUUGACCUUAUAGUGCAUCAUAUCUGGGACAUUUUGCGUUUGAAAAAGGCUGAAAACUCAUCUGGGCAGCAUCCAUACAUCUACCAACAUAGGCGUACUUCGACUUCAUGCGACACGUUCAACACAUGAUUUUACAUGAUAUGCACAUUUAUAAGCACUACACUUUUAUAUACCUUAAUUGAUGUAGGACCGA